CAGUUUUCCUGUGUCCUCCCCGUCCAGGUGUUCUACAACGGUGCCAACGUGAAGCAGGUGGACGUGCCCACGCUGACUGGCUCCUUUGGCAUCCUGGCAUCCCACGUCCCCACGCUGCAGGUGCUCCGGCCAGGCGUGGUCACGGUCUACGCCGAGGACGGGACGGCCACCAAGUACUUUGUGAGCAGCGGCUCCGUCACCGUCAACGCCGACUCCACGGUGCAGGUGCUGGCAGAGGAGGCAGUGACCAUGGACAUGCUGGACCUGGCUACUGCCAAAUCCAACCUGGAGAAGGCCGUGUCAGAAGUGGCUGCAGCAUCUGAUGAAGCUGCUAAAGCAGAAGCUCAGAUUAAGGUGGAAGCCAACGAAGCCCUGGUGAAGGCUCUGGAGUGAUUCAGGAAUCCCACCGUGGGUGCAGAACUCCCAGCCUGUCCCUGUCCUGCUCCCCAGCUGCACAGAUGGAGUGGGGCGAAUGGAGGUGGAGAAAACGUUCUCAUCAAUUAAAAGGAAAUGCAACCCCC